AGGGAUUUGUGCGACAUGGAUGUAGUGUCGUCUUAUCAGUCUUCUCGCAUCGAUCGUCGCGGGUGAGCAAAAAAGUGCACAGAUCCGUCUGUUUUCAAACGUGCUGCAUCGAGAGAUAUGAAUCUCGUAUUUGAAGAGAUAAUCAACUUCUGAAUACGUUUUUUGAGGUAGUUUGCGGAAUUGUAGAAGUGAUUUCAGUGAAAGUUUAAUUGGUUUUAUUGAUAAGGACCGAAAUGCAGUUGGAAGGGGUGGUAGGUGUGGAUGAUGUGAAGAUCAGUCUGCAGAGAUUCGGAUGGCCAGACUAUACGGUCUUUGGCCUGAUGUUGAUCAGCUGUUCGCUGAUCGGGGUGUACUUUGGAUUCAUUAAGAAGAAGCCUAAGAAGGGAUCGGAAGAGGCUGAUAAUUAUUUGGUAGGGGGACGAAAAAUGCAGAUCUUCCCUAUCGCUAUGUCUCUGAUCGCUACGUAUAUAUCGGGGAUAACGCUCCUGGGUACCCCGACAGAAAUCUAUGUCUUUGGUGUGCAGUAUAUGUACAUUAUGAUUGGGGUGUACAUUGUUGCAAUUAUCAUGACUUUUGUAUUCCUGCCAGUGUUCCAUGACCUCAAACUAACAUCAACCUAUGAGUACCUCGAGAUGCGGUUCGACAAACGGGUUCGAAUGCUUGGGUCAAUCAUGUUCAUCUUGGCAACGAUGGCUUGGCUCCCAAUCGUCAUCUACGUUCCAGCUUUGGCUUUCAACCAAGUCACCGGAAUCAAUGUUCACCUCAUUACCCCAUUGGUCUGCCUUGUGUGUAUCUUCUAUACGUGCGUGGGUGGGCUGAAAGCUGUCGUGUGGACGGAUGUCGUGCAAACAUUCGUUAUGUUUGGCGCAAUAAUUCUCGUAAUGAUCAAGGGAACUCGCGAUGUUGGGGGCAUUGACGUUCUAUGGCAGAGGGCUGUUGACAGUGGAAGGAUCGAAGGACCAGACUUCACCCUAGACCUAAGGACUAGGAAUACCUUUUUCUCAGUCGUUAUUGGAGGAAUGGUGUACUGGCUGAAGAGCAAUGCUAUAAGUCAGAAUAUGAUUCAGAGAUACCUUUCGGUCCCUACCCUAUCUGCUGCCAGGAAGGCCCUGUGGAUCUUCACCAUUGGGGUGUCUUUUUUAAUCAUCUUCUGCGGAUACUGUGGACUCUUGAUCUACGCUGUUUAUCACGAUUGUGAUCCUUUGACAACCAAGCUUGCCAAAGCCAAGGACCAGCUACUGCCCCUUCUGGUAAUGGACAUCCUAGGAGACUUUCCUGGACUACCAGGGCUCUUUGUUGCCGGGGUCUUCAGUGCAGCCCUGAGUUCUUUAUCUACCGGUCUGAAUUCCAUGUCUGCAGUGUUCCUUGAAGACUUCUUCAGAGCGUUUUCAAAGGAACCUCUGUCACAGAAGAAGACAGCCUAUAUCAUGCGAGGAGUGGUUGUGAUACUAGGAGUCCUUUGUGUCUGCCUCGUAUUCGUAGUCGAGAAACUAGGGACAGUACUUCAGCUCUCGAUGAGUCUAGGUUCAAUUGCCAACGGACCUUUACUAGGGAUCUUCACAAUGGGCGUAAUGUUACCUUGGGUCGAAGGGACAGGAGCAGUUGUCGGUGCUGUUAGUGGACUUCUCAUAAUGGCAUGGAUAUGCUUCAACGCUCAAGUAGCCAUUGCUUCUGGGGAACUGAAGUUCCCAACAAAACCUGUCGCUACUAACGGAUGUACCUAUACCUUCGUUCCUGGAGAACCUAUGAGUAUGCUUGCUAUUAAUGUGACCGAACUGGAUGUUAUGGCUUCGGUUCCUCCGGAAGAGGAAGGUUUCUCGAUCUUUCACAUCUCCUACCUCUGGUACGUCUUACUAGGAAUGAUAAUCACUAUCAGCGUGGCCCUUAUCGUAUCAUUUAUUCACGGAGCCAACAAGCCAUCGAGUCUGAAGCCUAAGUUGUUGGCCCCUUUUGUCAGGAGGAUCAUCUGGAAGAAAUCUCACGAAUCAGACUCUACUCAGGGCAUGGGAAAUUCCAAUGACUUGAUCCUAUCGAGUCAAGAUCACUCGAAAAUCGACGCCAUAGAUCUGAAGACCAUAUCAUAGUAAAUAAGUAUUUUGAUGUAGAAAAUUCUCUCCUCAGUGUAAUUCUCUUUAAGAUCAAUUAUAGCGCUUAAGACAGA